UUUUUUAUUUUUGACGUUUUCUUUUCUUAAUCAAGGCUCUCAUUUAUUUUUAAAGCCUCUUGUGAAGCUAUUCCUGGCAUGCAUUCUCUGUACAUAUAAUAAUCAUUCUUUAAUAGCAGUUUCAUAUUUAAUUAGUAUGAAUAUGACUGAUACCUAUAUUCUGCAGAGGAUUAAUCAUCUCUAUUCUAUCACAAAGUAAUCAAGUCCGUCUCUCUUAUUAAUAGUAAUGAAAAUUGACGUUUAAUUAAACGAGUUCAAUUCCCAUCCAAUAAAUAACUCCCCUUUUACCCACCAUUCUUCACUCUUGCACAAAAAUCGUAUCCUUUGGUAGCUAAAAUUUUCUCUCAUUUCAAACUUACUUUUCUUCUUCAAAUCUUCUCUCUAGAAAAACAGCAACACAGAAGAAUCAACUCCUCAAGUCAUGGCAGCUCGGGGUUUUGUGUUUUGCGCUCUUCUUCUGCUAAUUGCUCAGCGUGUUGGAGCCGAUGAGGUCCCUUUCACUGAGGUCGUCAACGCCUACGAGAGAAAUGCAGUUUGUUUAGAUGGGUCGCCCGCUGGGUACCAUCUUGCAUCUGGAUAUGGAGAUGGAGCAACAAACUGGAUAGUCUAUCUAAAGGGAGGAGGAUGGUGCGAAGACAACCAAGCGUGCCAACGCAACAAAACCACAUCCGUUGGGAGUAGUCGAGGCAUAAACUUUGUUAAACUCACUGGAAUCCUUAACAAAAGCCCUGAUAUAAAUCCGGAUUUUUAUAAUUGGAAUAGAGUCUACGUUAUCUACUGUGACCAAGCAUCAUUUCUCGGAGACUCCAUGAUUGGUCAAGGACAAACGCAACUCGACUUCAGAGGGUCUCGGAUUUAUGAUGCUGUCAUAGAUGACCUGCUAGCAAAAGGGAUGAAUUGUGCAGAUAAUGCUAUACUUGCUGGCAGAUCGGCCGGAGGUCUAGCGACAAUCUUGCAUUGUGAUGAAUUUCGAGCACGUCUGCCAAACGCGAGCAGGGUUAAAUGCAUUUCAGAUGCCGGAUUUUUCAUUCGAGCAAAGGAUCUUCCUAAUGCCGACUUCAGACAAGGGUAUUAUGCAUCGAUCAUCAAGUUCCAUAAUAUAUCGAGCUUUUUGCCCACGUCGUGCACAGAGAGGAUAGAUCCGAAUUUGUGUCUUUUUCCGGAAUACUUUGUUGGGGAUGUCGAAACUCCACUAUUCCUUUUGAAUAGUGCGUUUGAUUUCUAUCAGAUUCAAAAUAAUUUGGUGCCUCGAACUUCUCCUGAUUGGGAGAAAUGGGAUAGGGGGUUGCGUGAUUUGCAGAAUAGCCCAGAUGCUCAAAAGCAACUUAUAAAGGAUUUCGGGAUGGCAUUCUUGAAUGCAAUUAUGGAACUCCCCGAUAAUCCAUCACGCGGUUUGUUCAUAUACCCAUGCUUUACUCAUACUGUUACCACAUCUGCGAACGAUCAACAAUAUUUGAUUGAUCCGUUUUGGAACCCUAAUUCCACAAUCAAAUUAGAAAAUAUGAACAUGUUGCAAGCCGUGAGUAAUUGGUACUUUGAAGGCGGUUCGAUCAAGCUCAUAGAAAGUCUUGAUUUUCCGCAGUGCUAUUAAUAAAUGUGAAGUUUGCAAUUUGUAUUCAUGUAUGUGUCGUUGUAUUAUAUAUAUAUA